AUAUAUGCCUACAUCAUUUUGUUUUGCUACAUUAGACUGGCUUCAUUUGUGGAGAUAACAGGAGCAUACUUUGAUUUUUUUCUUCUUUUUUUUAUAAUGUGCUCUCAGCUGGCACAUUAUGCUUAUUGUAGAUUAUGAGACCUAUCAGUUACGUUGAAAUGCUGCAAAUAUAUUUCUCAUUAGGCCUACAUUUGAUAUCUUUCAUGGGGCGUCGUUUGAGAAUUUAAAUUAGUCACUGCUCAUCAGCCACUGUCACCUCCUACUCCCCUCCACUCUCACGGGUGCAAUGUUGUCUCAUAUCUAUUAGAGCAGACUAAUGUUACACUAAACACAGGGGCACGGUCAGCCUCUCGCUUUAUCUCGAGCGACAAAGUUAAACUCUCACUUAAGACAAAUAAAAUGAUGAGAAAAAGAGUUCGGGCUAUCUACAAAAGAAAGUAGCGAACGCAGGAUGUCCCUUAGCCAUUCUCAAGGAGGGAACCAAAAUAGACGGCACGGUGUUUGGGAUGGUCUUUUUUCUCCCGUCAAAGGAAAACGGAACGACCUUCUGGUUUGACAUUUUACCACGCGCACACACACACCCGCACACAUCUACACGGGUUAGUUGGACUUACUUAGCUCCCAAAAUUGUUUUAAAUUGGUAACAGGGCAAGUAUGGGUGAGACAAAGGGCUCUACCCAUCGACGGCUAUUCCGGAGCACCGCAUAGCCCACGAAGAGUGUUGAGAACGACCCGCGCUCUGGACAAGAUUUUGUUUCACAUAACCAGGGAACAAAUAUGGUGCGUAUUUAAUUUAUUUUCCGACUCUUUGGACAUACAGAGAACUGCGUGACAGUUGCAGGUGACACGGAUACAUGUAUUUAGAUUUUGGGAUGAAUAAGUGGCGCGCGCAUCUCUCGCACGAGCGCAGGUGGACCAAAUGAAGAAGCGCUGUGGUAAACGAAAAGAGAACGCGCAAAACCCAGAGAUAUUUUCAGCAGGAUUUAUGUAAGCCACUUCUGUUGCUUUGUGUGGUUUCUUCUUCUCGCGUUUGUCCAUUUCCAACUAUAAAUAGGCAUGCCUGGAAUACAGCUUCUGUUUUGAGGGGCAGUGCAUUAAUGGGAGGAUUUUUCUCUGGACCACUACAGUUUACACAUCACUUUCACUUGAAAAAGCAUUGUUGCGUGGAUAUUCAUCGUAUUAUCGAUUCCCGUCGAGUGGAAGAAUGCCCGAGGAUUUCUUUGCUGCCAAAGCCCUUUACAUGGGCAUGGAGGUGGUGAUAGCCGUGUCAUCCGUGAUAGGAAACGUGAUGGUGGUUUGGGCGGUAAAAAUUAAUAGAUCUCUGAGAGAUACUACGUUUUGCUUCAUUGUUUCUCUGGCGCUCGCGGACAUUGCUGUAGGAGCGCUGGUCAUACCACUGGCGAUAACUAUAAGUAUCGGACUCCAGACUCACUUCUACAGCUGUCUGCUGGUGGCGUGCACGGUGCUGGUUCUGACCCAAAGUUCUAUCCUCGCCUUGCUCGCUAUAGCCAUCGACCGAUACCUGAGGGUCAAGAUCCCAACCAGUUAUAAGCGAGUGGUCACUCCCAAACGAGCUGGAGUUGCAGUAUUCGUCUGUUGGACAGUGGCCUUCAUAGUCGGCCUCACUCCCAUGCUGGGCUGGAACAAUUUACAAAACCUACAACGCAAUAACAGCUCAAUCGGCCCUGACCUCAUCGUCACCUGCCAGUUUGAGAACGUCAUCAGCAUGGAGUACAUGGUCUACUUCAACUUCUUUGGCUGGGUGCUUCCCCCUCUGCUUUUCAUGCUCAUCAUUUACUCUGAAAUCUUCUACAUGAUCCACAAGCAGCUGAAUAAGAAGGUGUCCAGCCAUUCUGAACCAAACAAGUAUUACGACAAAGAGCUGAAGCUGGCGAAGUCUCUGGCGCUUGUCCUUUUCUUGUUCGCUGUUAGCUGGCUUCCUCUCCACAUUAUGAAUUGCAUCACACUCUUCUGUCCAAGGUAUGAGAAGCCCAUGUUCCUCAUUUAUAUUGCCAUCCUGCUCACGCAUGGCAAUUCUGCCGUCAACCCAAUCGUUUAUGCUUUCCGAAUCAAUAAAUUUCGUACUACAUUCCAAAGGAUCUGGAAGCAGUACUUCUGCUGCAAGGAGGCUCCUCCCCCUGAGAACCAGAUGAGCGAGAGACUGGAUAACAACCACUACAUCGCUGCCGCAGCUGCAGUCGUAACCCCUCCUGAACCUGUUUUGGAACAAAACAUCUGACUGACAUCCUAGGAUCCUCUAAGGAGGUCGAAUGACUUCUGCUGGCUGGACGUCCAAAGCUGUCAUGUCUUGGUUUGUCUCUUUUGAAUGUAAAUCAGAGCUCACCACAGACUCUUCUGGCUGAAUUAUCCCUUUAUUGGAAUAAUGAGACAGCAUCGCUUUAAAAAGCACCAAGUCAAAUCAUUUGGAAGAGGAAGGGGAACCACAGAAAAUGUUGCUUUAUGGAAGCAGCAUUGAAUGAUGCUUUUAAAACAAACUAGUUUUGACAAUGCAUAUAAAUUAUAAAAACAUGAGUAUUUGCUCAAAUAAUGAAUCAAAAGAAUUGCACACCAUUUUCUUUUGCGCAGUUAUAUUAUAUAUAUUAUUACUCGUUCGGUAUGAAUGUAUGCAGAACAGAUACCAGAGCACUGUACAUGCUCAGCUUGUUGGAUAUUCUGCUUGUGUUCUGAACAUUUGUGCACAAUGGCAGAAAGAGGAUGUCAGAAACAGUGACAAGGAGGUGAACACAGGUUUUUCUUGCCCUAUUAUGGAGUGUGUUCAGUGCAGGUCUUUUAUUGUGAAGGACAAAAACAUCUACUGCAGGCAGCUGACAUUGGAUUUUACUCACAGAUGCAGUGAGGUUAUCUUGCCUUUUAACAAAAUUGUGUGUCUAUGUAUGUGUAUGAUCGAAUGCAUGUCAUAACAAACAUGGGAUUGUUUGUGGAUAAGAAGAUACACUGAAGUCCUAUUUGUCCACUGUUUGAACAUAUUCAGGGUUAAUGAAUUAUCAAAACCAAUAGUGUAUUACCUUUCAGUAUUAUAGCAGAAUUUAGCUACACUUUUUCCAGAAUCAUAAUUAUCAGUUUUAAAAGAAAUGUACGCUACACUACUGGGAAAACAUACUAAACUAGCUUUUGACUUGUCUUAAAGGGAUAGAUCACCCAAAAACAAAAGCUGUCAUUAUUUAUGCACCCUCCUGUUGUUCCAAAUCCAUUUGCCCUUUUUUUUGGGGGGGGGUGAACUAUCCCUUCAGAAGUGGAGUGUGUAAUUUUUGGGAUGAUAAAAUGCUUUCUCCAGUCCCAACUAUAAGAAAAGCUUAACAGGCGCUAUCAAAACAUUGCUAUGUUUGUUUGAGCAUCCUGACCAGCUUGACACCGACAUCCUGACCGUGAGUUUGGGGCGCCAAUUGCACCAGUGGCACAUGAGGUUUGGGAAUUAUUUCUGUAAUUCUGUUUGGUCACUCUAGUGGUGCACGGAUUACACACUUCAUUUGUCACACUAGUAUGGGGGUUUUGAUCUCACAUGCAGAUGAAAUACCAGGUCUAUACUGACAUCAAAGUUGAACACGUCUCUAAUCUGUACAUUGUUAUUCACUAUGUGCAAGUCCAUUAUGUUCAUAAUUGUUAAACAGACAGUUGUGGAAUUACAAUCAUUUGAAAAUUAAAUAUUUGAAUAAAUGGGAAAAAUGAGCUUAUUCAUUUUGCCAUCUAGUUUUUAUUUCACUGUACCCUGUGACACUUAUUUUAAAUGAGUGGGGGCUUCCUGUCCCUGAACACCACACACUUCCACCACACCACACACUUCUCAGUGUGAUCGAAAACAGGAAACAUCACUUUACUAUCAAUAGAAAUAAUUCAUCAUCAUUCAUCUUUAUUCAUCAUCU